AUGGUGCAAAGGAUCCAUUUGUUUCUGGCAUUGUUUGCUUUCGUCUGUUAUUUGGAGAGCACGGGCAGUUCUUACAUGAUCUCAGCUGUGCAGAAUAUUGAAAGGCAAUUCCAAAUUCCGUCCAAAUUAUCUGGGUUUCUGAUUAGUGCGCGUAAGUUUACGGAUUGGAUUGCGUUGACACCUGCUUUAAGAUGACAUCAGCUACAUUCCGACGGUCAUAUUUAUUGCGUAUUUUGGUUCGCGCGGGAACCGGGCCAAAUGGAUUGGAGCUGGGACGGUGGUCAUCGCGAUCAGUUACAUCUUUAUUGCAUCCCCCAAUUUCAUUUUUCCCGUCCCCCGUCCUGUUCUGAAUACAAGCGCCAUUGAACUUCAGCUCAAAGUGGACGGGGUUCUACUGAGUAAAAAGGCCGAAAUCAAGCAGUUCUUUGAUUACGCGCCUCUGAGGAAUCGAAUUCCGGCCAGGUACCGGGAAAGGGUCAUUGAUUUUAUUGAUGGAAGUAGUCCCGAGGAUGCAACUAUAUCCUACAGUAACCAUACAGGGUCCCCAUAUUCUAUGGAUGAGCCUUUGAUUUCCGAGGUAACACGAAUUAUGAAUGGGAUUUAUAAUAAUUCUGUCAGAUCUUAGAACACAUGGAUGCACUUUUAAAGAAGAAGGAGCCUCAGUCUGAACUGAUCAGAGUGCUGCAGAAAUUCAUUCAGAAUAGAAAAAAACUGAAAGAGGAGGAUCUGACAACAUUAAGAACAGCUGCAAUAGCACCGUUCUCUUUUUGUCACCGAAUGGUAAACGACUUCAGACAAGCUCUCAAAGAAGUUCGAUGUGCAUCUCCAGUCUCCAAUUUGGGUCCUUUAACGGUCAUGUUUGUAGCCCUCUUGGCGAUGGGAGUGGGUCGAACAAUGCCCUGGUCUUUGGGGAUCCCUCUUAUAGAUGACAACGUCAAAAACAAAAGUACUCCGGUGAUGUUUGGUAGGUGACGGGACGCUAAUUCUUAUUUUUCAUUUUAGCUAUGAUAUCUUUUAUCAAAAUCCUGGGUCCUAUUUGUGGUUUUGUAACAGGUAGUCUGGUGAAUCGGGUAUAUUACACAUUCCCCUCCCCGGCCCCGGCCGGUCUUACUAGAGCCGAUCCCACCUGGAUUGGCGCUUGGUGGUUGGGAUUUGUGACGAUUGGAGUGAUUAUCAUAUUACCUUCAUUAAUGCUCUAUUUCUUUCCUGAAUCUUCCGGAAAGUAAGUAAUCUCCAAUGAUUGUUAAUAAGUUUAGGAAGUCCAACAAAGUACACGGCAAGCGUGCUAAACAGACCGAGAAGAUCAAGCUAUCUUUAUUCGAUCGUCACGCCAAGGAUGACGAGCUCACCUUUACCAGUAAGACGUUUUACCGCUGCCUCUGACCUUUUAGGGAUGAUAGAAUCAUACAGAGAUGUUGUCAAAUCCAAGGUCUAUACGGGGACCGUUGCUGGCCGAGUUAUGGAUAUUCUCGCCAUCAAAGGAUAUAUGGUAUUCCUCCCUAAGUAUCUAGAGAAUCAUUUUGGAAUUCCCCAAUAUCAAGUUCAUAUGUACAUGGGUAAGUCUCACGUUCAGGUGAGAAUAAAUAAAUCUUUUAAUUUUCAGCCAUGUUCGGAGUUCUUGGAUUUGCUUGUGGCACCUUCUGUGGUGGCUAUAUUACAAAGAGAUUUAAAUUUGACGGUCGUACGGCCGCCUUUUACAUUCUGGUUUGUUCCGUGUUCAGCACGAGUAUGUUCUUGACCAAAAGUUUCCUCGGAUGUCAUUCCGUGGUUAAUUCGAUUGGUCAAAAUGGAAUGUGUGUAUCUUUGCCACUUUCAUAACGAUUUAGUUUAAACAACAUCUACGCAAUCUUUUUAGACAAACCAAUUUCAAUUACACUCGGACAUGUAACAGUGAAUGUGGAUGUGAAUCGGCCAAGCUUUUUCCAGUCUGUGAUGCCUCAGGGCAUCCCUUCUACUCUCCAUGUCAUGCUGGUUGUAGACAUGUGACUGUGGUGGAUGCGGAUUCUUAUCAAUUGGUAUGUCUGAUCUUUAUUUACUCAUAUUUUUUAGGAAUUUACGGAUUGCGAUUGUGCCCCUGGCAGUGUGGUUAAGAAGAGUUAUUGUCGGGAUGACUGUCGGAUCAUGAAGAACCUUUUCUUUGCCACUGUUGUCGUUGGGGCGUUUUGUGCGGGGACAACAGUCGUUCCGGGCAUGCUCAUUCUUCUUCGGUAGGUUCAGAUGACUGUGAAAACUGAGCUAAUUCAUUUAGAUCUGUCCCUCCAGAAAUGCGAUCUGUCUCCCUGGGUCUUCAGGGAUUCUUAGUCUCAUUCCUGGGGACCUUACCAUCUCCUUUACUUUGGGGUGCAGUCAUCGAUUCAACGUGUUUAAUAUGGGAUCAAGUUUGUGGAGAGAAGGGGGCCUGCAGCAUCUAUGACCCGGAUCAAUUGAGGACAAGAAUGCAUUUACUUUAUUGUGCUAUUCGAAUGUUCUCAAUAAUCAUUGAUUUCUAUGUUCUCUAUCAUGCGAAAGGCCUCAAACUCAUUGAUGAAAAUGAGGAGAAACAACAGGAACGAAUAGAAGAAGCCUCAGAAUUGGCCAUCAAAGAAAACAUUGCUAUGGAUGCAAUCGCGGAAUAA